UGGACAAGAGAGAGAGAGAGAGCGACAGACAGAAAGAGUGUGUGCAUGCAUGUGUGUGGGGAAUUCACAAGUGACGCGGUUUCGCACCUCGCCAAGAACGGACAGUUUACCAGUUAGUCUGCUUCCAGUGUGCGCGCGCCAGAGAGAAAUUUGCUCAUUAUUACCGGAGGACCGAACAGAGUUUGUUGUUAUUUAAAAACAAAAAAAAAUCUCGGGGGAAAAACAAUUUGAACUGAUUUACGAGUAGAGGAACUUUUGUCAUCAAGAUGCUGGAGAUCUUUUUAGUGAUGCUUUGUGGACUGACCAGUCGUGUACUGACCAAAGAUGCAGACAAUAAAGGAAGGUUCAGCUCUCCAGUGCUGUAUGGCACUGAACGACAGAUCAUCCUGGAGAAGAACCAGAUGCUCCAGCUGAACUGCAGGGGGCGAUGGGAGCUGGAGUGGGUUUUCCCCUCGGGUGUGAGCAAGAGCCACCCGAAUGCCCGUGUAGAAGUGACUCGUUGUGGCAAGCAGGCAAACCAGUACUGCAGCAGCCUUAUCCUCAGCCCUGCCUUAGCCCAGCUUACAGGCUCCUACCGCUGCCGCUACUCCCACAAGCAGCACAAACAAACCUCUGUCUACGUCUUCAUCACAGAUAGCCAGCAGCCAUUUGUAAAGGUGCAGAAAGAGAUCCCAGACGUGGUCUACAUGAAGGAAGGACAAGACCUAGUGUUCCCCUGCAAGGUCACUAACCCUGACACCAAAGUCUCAUUGGUCAAAUUUCCUGACCGAGUUCUUGGCACUGAUCAGAGGAACAUCAUUUGGAAUAACAGAAAGGGCUUUGUUAUCCGAAGCCCCACAUAUUUCUAUAUUGGCCUGUUUUCCUGCGAAACCAUCAUCAAUGGGACAAAAUACACCAACAAAUUCUUGACUUACAGACCAGUGAAUAAGAUCCAACAGGUAUAUCUGAACAGCACAGGCAUGGUACAGGCUCUACAAGGAGAGAGACUGGCCUUAAACUGCACUGUUACAGCUGAGUGGAACUCGAGAGUGAACAUCAACUGGAGUUACCCUGGAAAGGCAAAUAAUAGGGCUUCAAUCAGUCGACGUAUAACACAGAGCAAGACCAACGUGGUGUUCUACAGCAUUCUCACCAUUCAUAAACUGCACAAGGACGAUAAAGGAAUCUACACGUGCCACGUGACAAGUGGACCAGCAAAGCGGGAAGUCAACACCUCAGUUACAGUUUACGAUCAUCCCUUCAUCAAGUUAAAGCAUAGAGAUGGUCCGAUGGUACAGGCGUAUGCAGGGCAGAAAUCCUUUCGUCUGUCCCCCAAAUUACGGGCAUUCCCUGAACCCGAGGUCAUUUGGCUGAAAGACGGGAUGGUGGCGGCUGAGCAGUGUUCACGUUACCAUGUAGACGGCUAUUCUCUGGUGAUUCGAGACGUUGCCGAAGAGGAUGCAGGGAUGUAUACCAUCCUCACUCGAAUCCAGCAGUUCGAUCUUCAGCAGAACCUCACGCUCUCACUUGUGGUAAAUGUUAAGCCUCUGAUUGGGGAGAAAUCUGUAGCAGUGCGGGACACAGCGACCAUGCCACGGUCCAGCAGGCAAGUCCUUCGCUGCACUGUUCACGGCGUCCCACUGCCCCAGAUCCAAUGGCUCUGGCAUCGCUGCCCUUCUAAAGGCCUAUGCGAGGAGCAGGUUUCCUCCUCCUGGACCGCAGUGAGAGAGAAGACAGCAGGCACAUCCACCUACAAUCCCGUCCUGAGCGUCACACACACACAGGAAGUGUUGCAGGGGAAGAAUAAGUCUGUAGGUAUUUUAACAGUUGGCAAAGCUUUAAUAUCUGGCAUCUAUCGCUGCAUGGCUUCCAACUCAAUGGGCAGAGAUGAACUGGACAUCCGCUUCUACGUUACAGAUGUCCAGGGAGGCUUCAGCAUCUCUGGGGAGUCAGAGGAGGGGCCAAGAGAGGGCAGAGACUAUCACCUGUCCUGCGUGGCCAAUAAGCACCUGUACACCAACAUGUCCUGGCACAGAGUGUCAGGCAGCUCGGCUGGCACCGUGGAUGGUCCACCUCUGGUAGGAGAGCUGACAGAGGGAGAAUACUCGCUCGCAUUGCGCUCAACGCUGAGGAACCUGACAGCCCAAGACUCUGGGAUGUACCGCUGCUCUGUCACACACCUGGUCACGGGGCAGCACUCACACCAGGAUACACCUGUGGCAGUUGCAGUUCUGGAGGCUCCGGUGCUGCUGCAGAACCUCAGCGACUGCAGCGUGAACAUCAGCAGCUCUGUGACUCUUCAGUGUCAUGCCAGUGGAGUGCCACGCCCUCUCAUCACGUGGUAUAAGAACCGGAGGAAACUCAAGCAGGUGUCUGGCAUCAUGCUGGCACCGGAAGAUGGAACUCUCCACAUUGACCGCAUCAGUAUUGAGGACGAGGGCAGGUAUACGUGUGAGGCUACCAAUGAGAGAGGAUCUGUGGAGAGCUCGGCUUACAUUUCAGUCGAAAAUUCGGAGUCUUUCUCCCUGGAGAUCCCAACGUUAGCCUGCACUUGUGUGGUGGCUACUCUCUUCUGGCUGCUCUUAACGCUUCUCAUCCGCAAGCUCAGACAGCCGAGCUCGACAAAUGGAAAGACAGAAUACCUGCCAAUCAUCCUGCACCAGGGGGAGGGGCCUCUCGAUGAGCACUGUGAUAGACUGCAGUAUGAUGCCGAAAAGUGGGAGUUUCCACAGGAACGUCUUCAGCUGGAAAAGCCUCUGGGUCGAGGAGCGUUUGGCAAAGUGAUGCAGGCGUCUGCCUUCGGCAUCAGCAACUCCACCGGCUGCACCACAGUGGCUGUAAAGAUGCUCAAAGAGGGAGCUACGCCAAGCGAGCACAAGGCGCUAAUGACCGAGCUGAAAAUCCUCAACCAUAUCGGACAUCACCUCAACGUGGUCAAUCUCCUCGGAGCCUGCACAAGGCCAGGAGGGCCUCUUAUGGUCAUAGUCGAAUACUGCAAGUACGGAAACUUGUCCUCGUAUCUACGCGGCAAGAGGAAUGUGUUCAUGCUCAACAGGGUGCCAGGAGAAGAGGAAAGCAGACAGCAGGACGAGUGUGAAAGCUGUGUGGAGAGUCAGAAGAGUCAGAAAGUCAGCUCCGAGUUAGAGGGCGAGAGAAAGGAGGAAAACGAGGAAGACAACGGUUUAGUCUCGUGCUCGAACACUACUCUACACCUGGAAGACCUGAUCUCAUACAGCUUCCAGGUGGCCAGAGGCAUGGAGUUCCUCGCUUCACGCAAGUGUAUCCACCGAGACCUGGCUGCCCGCAACAUCCUUCUGUCUGAAAAUAACGUGGUGAAGAUCUGUGACUUCGGGCUCGCUCGAGACCUUUACAAAGAUCCUGAUUACGUUCGCAAGGGAGACGCUCGCUUACCGCUGAAAUGGAUGUCUCCGGAAUCGAUCUUCGACAAGGUCUUCACCACUCAGAGUGAUGUCUGGUCUUUCGGUGUUCUGCUCUGGGAAAUCUUCUCACUCGGGGCGUCCCCGUAUCCAGGACUCAACAUCGACGAGGAGUUUUGCCACAGACUGAAACAGGGAACUCGAAUGCGUGCCCCAGAGUACAGCACCCCUGAAAUCUACACCACCAUGCUGGCCUGCUGGGAGAGAAACCCGUCAGACAGACCCAGUUUCAGCGAGCUGGUGGGAACACUGGGAGACCUUCUCCAGGCCCGUGUGCAACAGGAGGGGAAGGAUUACAUCCCAUUGAACACGUUUCUGUCAGGAGAGAAUGCUGUAGAACAUCUGGAUUACAGAGACACGCACCAAGGAACCCCGAGCUACAUCAAUACAAGAAUCGAUGCUGUUGUGACAUUUGAAGAGGAUCUGAACAGAGAAGUCCCGGAUGAUUCCCAGUCUGACAGCGGCAUGGUUCUCCCGUCUGAAGAGUUCAUCCAGCUGAAGUGGACUGACAAGCUCAAGAGCAAAAAGAUAAGCAGGUUCUUUAUGAAAAGCCAGCACCAGCGAAUGUCACGCCCUUCAGCACUCCACUGUGUGAGCGGCGCCCCCUGUGGCCGGGGGGAGAAGGACGACAGCGGCAUCCCGUGUGGCGCACCGCCUCCUGACUACAACACCGCUCUGCUCUGCCCUUCACUUUAACACACUCCUUAUUAUGACUGGCACUGCAAUUAGUGAGUUUAUAACACAUUUAUAACUUAAAGAUAGGAGGAAACUUCACAGUCUAAUGCUUUUGCACAAAAAGAGGCGGCUCGAGGACUCAUAAGCUUUAAAUAAUUUAAUAAUUAUCCUAAUAACCGUUUGGCAUUUAGCCCAAAUCUUCAGUUAUUAUAAUCAUUAUUAUUAUUAUAAUUAUUAGUAGUAGUAAUGGUAAACAUAGUUUUUUAUUUAAGUAGGCCGAUGUAAUGGCUCUUCCUAUUUAAAAAUAUAGAUAAUUAUGAAUUGUUAGAAGUUUCCAGAAAGGCUGGACAGAAAACUCGCAUCUCUACUAAUUAAUGUGCUUAAAGCCAAGUAAUUGAAAUAUCUGAAAAAUAACAAUUUUAUCAUAUACACUGGUCAGGCAUAACAUUAUGACCACUGCCAGGUGAAGUGAAUAAUGAUCAUAACCCACCUGUUAGUGGGUGGGAUAUAUUAGGCAGCAGGUGAACAUUUUGUCCUCAAAGUUGAUGUGUUUUAAACAGGAAAACUGGACAAGCGUAAGGAUUUGAGUGCGUUUCACAAGGGACAAAUUGUGAUGGCUAGACGACUGGAUCAGAGCAUCUCUAAAACUGCAGCUCUUGUGGGGUGUUCCCGGUCUGCAGUGGUCAGUAUCUAUCAAAAUUGUCCUGUAAAUCUACCUCUUUUAAAGGAUCUGCUGCAAACAUCUUGGUGCCAGAUCCCACAGCACACCUUGACCAACACAAUAUUAGGCAAUUGGUCAUAAUGUUAUGCCUGAUCAGUGUAGAUAAAGAGUAAAAUAUUGUCAUAUGUAAUGAACUGGGAAGUUUAUCUGCUUUUUCUACGCAUUCGGAAAUCCAUACACGAAAUAAAACACGAUUUCUGGUAUUUUUUGCUCAGAGAAGCACGUUUAUUUAAUUUAAUAAACUCGUUUAGGGUCACAGUGGCUUCUCAUGUUAAGCAAUCAAAUGAGCAGUAAUUUUUAAAAAAAGAAAAAGUUUUUUAUUCUUUAAUAAACCAUUUUUUGUUUUUGGAAUUAUUACAAACUAAACAUUUUUAACUUUUUAACUUAAAUUUUUUUCCCUUCUAAAAUCAAUAUUCAUUUUAUUCCUCCUCUCACUUUUUCCUAAUAUUUUGCCAAAGACUUAAAAAAAAAAAAAAAGAAGACAAACCACCUUUAAAGCGAUAGUGAUAGUUCUAGUUAGAAGAUGCUAAGGUUUCAGGAAAGGAAGCUAGAAAAAGAAACAAGGAAGUGUGAGUAAAGGAAUGAGAAGUCGAGAGGAAGUGGAGAGGAGCGGAGAGAGAAAUUCACCUCCUGGGCAACAGAGGGCUCUGAAAAUGACAAGCUACUCCUUUAAAGGAAGCU